AUGCGCGUGCCCGGGCUCAGCGCAGCUGCCGCUGCCCUCCUUCUCGCACCAGCAGCAGCCUUGCUGCGUGUCACCCAGUCUGACACCCAGUACAUUCUUGAGAAUGACGACCUAUCCAUAGGCAUCAACAAGAAGGAUGGCGCGAUGGGCGAUCUAGCGCUCGGUGGCCAAGACCUCGUAGGCACUGGCAGAGGACCCUACCUUGAUUGCCAUUGCACUCCGGAGGGGCAAUGGACCCCUGGAAACUCUGAACUCGCCGAGUUCCAAGUCAUCCAGGACGUCGAUUCCUCUGGGACCCCCUACGGUGCCAUCGUCAUGACGGAUACUUUUGCAGAAACCGGCCAGACUCUAUCGCAGUACUGGUUCUUGAGAGAGGGCGAGACGGGCCUGCAUCUCUUCACCCGCGCCACCUACCACGAAGACUCAGCUACCAACAAUAUCGGCGAACUUCGCACCAUGUUCCGCCCUCAAAGGGACUUGUGGACUCAUAUCUAUGGCAGCGAGGGUAACUGGGCCCCGCUCCCACAGGCCAGUAGCCUCGAGGUCCAGGACUCCACAACGUACUACGGCAAUAUCACUGGAGAGCCUUUUGCCGACGAGUACUCCGAUUUCUUCAGCAAGUAUGCCUUUUCUGACCAGUGGCGCGACCACAAAGUCCACGGGAUGUACACGGAUGGCACGCAGAAUGAGAAUGGUGAAUCCUAUGGCUCCUGGGUGGUCCAUAACCAUGUCGAUACUUACUACGGUGGGCCCCUGCAUUCAGACAUCAUGGUUGACGGUAUUGUGUACGAUUACAUCGUUAGCAGCCACCAUGGCGCACGCACGCCAAAUACGACGAGCCACUUCGAUCGCACCUUCGGCCCUUCGUACCGCCACUUUAAUAAGGGCGGAACCCUGGAUGAACUGGCCGCCGAUGCUGCCCAGUACGCAGAUCCCACUUGGAAUGCCGACUUCUAUGACGAUAUCGCAAAGUAUGUGCCGAACUACGCAACUAGCGAUAAGCGGACCACAUUCAAGGCGAAAGUCAAGCUUCCUAAUGGCGCCAAAAGGCCAAUUGCCGUUCUUGCGGAGAACAGGCAAGACUUCCAAAACAACACCAUCCACCCUGAGAGCCUGCAGUUCUGGGGGGAUGUUGAUCCUAAGUCAGGAAACAUUGAGAUCCCCCGCGUGGCAGAAGGCACCUACCGGCUCACCGUCUAUGCCGAUGCUAUCUUCGGCCAGUUCACUCAGGAUGACGUCGAGGUCUCCAAGUCUAAUUCCAAGGCUAAACGUUCUCUCGAAUUUAGUUGGAAGGCGGAGAGUGCUGGUAAAGAAAUCUGGCGCAUCGGCACACCAGACAAGUCCGCCGCCGAGUUCAAGCACGGCAGCAAGCCUUCCACCGAGACCCCUCUGCAACCUGAGGAGUACCGUCUGUAUUGGGCCAAGCACGACUUCCCCACUGACUUCCCAGAUGGCGUUAACUUCAAGGUUGGUGAGAGUGAUCCCGCAGAGGACUUCAACUAUAUCCACUGGAGUAGAAUUUCUGAAGUGGGCAACUUUUUUCGCGAUGAGCCAUACCUUAAAAACGUCAACAACUGGACUAUUCGCUUCGACUUGGAGAGCAGCCAACUUCACAACACCAAACUUGCCACCUUCACAGUGCAGAUUGCUGGGCUUAAGACGGGUACCAACAACCCCGAUUUUGUCAAUCUGCCCUACACUCUCAACAUCAACGGCGCCGACGUCGAGACAUGGGUCCUUCCAUGGUACUACAGCACGUCUUGCGGUGUGAGGAGCGCCGUCAGCUGCUACAACUUCGGCAAGAAGUUUGCUUUCUCGACCGAGAUAUUGAAAAAGGGCGAGAACUCGUUUGUCUUGAGCCUCCCAUACAAUGCCUCGAGCAUAGAGCCAGCACAACUGCCUUGGACUACCUACCUGCAGUACGAUGCCCUGAGGCUGGAAUUCAAGUGA